AUGUUUUUAAGAGUAUACCUUUAUUUCGUAGUUUUCAUAUUUUUGAUAUAUACAAAAUGUAACUCCUAUUUUCUAAAAAAAAGGAAAUUUGAAAAUUUGUUUUUUGUGAAUUAUAACGUAAACAGUUUGAACAUAAAUGAGAAUAAAAAUAUAAAGGCAUUUGGCAAAACUGAUUUCCACCUUAAAUUAAGUAGGAACAAUAGAAGGAAGAAUAACGACAGAUACAGGAAUAAUAAGAAUGACCAAAAGAAUACGUAUGCAUAUGAUGACUUUCCUCGAUGUUUCCUUUUACCACUAAAUAGAAGAAGACAAGGAUAUGAGUAUUAUGAUGAAACAUGGAGCGAUAGAGCAAAAAGCGGUGGAUGUGUUGGAGGAAGAGAAAUAAAAAAACAAAAAAUAAAAAAUGAACUCUUUAUGAGCAAUUUUGAAAAAAUAUUUAAGGAAAACUUUAGUGAAAGUGAUAGACUAAAGAAGACUGAGUUAGUUUCUAUAUUGGCUUGCAUUUGUACAAAUAUUGUUAUUGAAUAUUUGAAAAUAAAAGAAGAAAGAAAAACGGAAGAUUUUGAAUAUUCUUUUGAUUACAGUAUCAUGAACUUACUAAGAAUGGUUAAUUUUGAUUAUGAUGUUAACGAAGAAAUUAAAAAAAAAAAAAAGAAUGAAAAAAAAAAAAAAAAUAAAAUCAGCAGUAGCAUUGGCAACAUGAAUACCAUGCACAGUGUGAACAGCAGGAAUAACCAUAAAAUAGAUUCAAGCAAUAAUUGCUUUUACAGAAGCACUACUUUUGUUACCCCCGAAUUGGUUAAUGAUAAAAAUUUUUUGAAUAACGAUAAGUUACUGUAUAAAGAAACAGAGGAGGAAGUAAAUGUAAACAUCGAUAAUAAAAAUACGAAAGAAGAAAAUGAAAAACUAGAUGAAUAUAUUAAGAAGAUAGAAUAUAAUACCUUGGAAAUUAGAGAAAUUGAACCAUAUAUUAAUUUAUUUUUUGGUAAAGAUACCUAUAAAAAUGUGUUUGUAAAAUACAAUAUAGACAUACAUAAAAUAUACAAUACAUUGAAUACAUCCUUACUUGAAAAGUGUCAAGAAAAAGAAAACGUAAUGCAACUACAGAAAUUUGUUGAGCAGGAAGAACGUAACCUCCUCAAUAAAAAUAAAAAAAUUAAUGUCCGAAAUGUGAGAACGUUUGAUAACUAUCUAGACAAGUUUAGUUCAUUGGAGGAGAGAAGAAAUAUUAAUGAAGUUCAAAAUAUACUUAAUGAUGGGGAUUACCAAGGGGAAGAAGAAGAAGAAGAAGAAGGGGAAGAUCUAGUUCCCUCUAGAAAGGAAGAGAAGGAGAAGGAGAAAAAAAAAAAAAAAAAACAGACAAACAAACAAACGAACAGACAAACAAAAAGACAAAAAUAUAGAGAAAAGGAUAAAAUAUCAAGAAAAAACGGAAAGAGUAGAAUGAACGAUUUGGAACCAGGGGACCUUGUUGAGCAGGAGUUAAAGGACGACGAGGGUGGAGAGAAUGGCAAUGAGGACAUUGACGGAGAGAAUGGCAAUGAGGACAGAGACGGAGAGAAUGGCAAUGAGGACAUUGACGGAGAGAAUGGCAAUGAGGACAGAGACGGAGAGAAUGGCAAUGAGGACAGAGACGGAGAGAAUGGCAAUGAGGACAGAGACGGAGGGGAUAACAUUGAAGAGAGCCGUGGAGGAAGUGGAAAUAACUACAACGACGGAGGAAGUGUUAGAAGUAGUGGUUACACCAAUGGUAUAGAUGGUGAUGGAGAUGUCCAUAAUGAGAGGGAAGGAGGAAGUAACCAGGAAAAUGCCUAUGGGAAGGAAACCGAAGGAGGUGAUAAGGCAUGUUCUAGUGAGAACAGAAAUAAUAAAAGAAACGAUGAUAGAAGUGAAUAUGGUGGACACAUCCAAUGCAGAGGCCCAUCUGAUGAUGUAGAAUAUAAUAACAAAAUGAAGGGAAAGUAUGAUUAUGAUGAAUUUGGAAAAGAAGAGGAUGUUCAGGAAAAGAUUUCUAGCGGAAAUUACAAGCGUAAUUAUAGGGGAAAAUAUGAAGAGAGAAAUGAAAGGAAUGAAAGGAACGAAACGAAUGAUAUGGAACAUUUAAAUUGCCUAUCGUAUGCGUUAGUUAAAAGUAAUGAUAAAGGUGAAACGGAUAGUAGUGAAGAAAAAGAGGAGGAGGAGGAGGAUAAAAAUAAAGAUGACAUAAUAUUAAUAAAAUUUGUGUACAAUAAUAAGUAUAAAUGCGAAUUUCGAACGGACGUUGGUGUUAUAGCGUACGAAGAUGGAGCAAACAAUUUUGUAGAUGAUAUGUGGGAAAAUAUAAAAGAAGGAAAAAUGCACAGUGUAAUUAGUAACGGUAAUAGUAGCAGUAAUCGUAGCGGUAAUCGUAGCGGUAAUAAAUUUUUAAAUGAUGUUGGUUUAAGGCUGAUCGACGAUGCGAUGCUGGAUGAACUACAGUCUCUACCGUCAUAUAAGAAGAGAUUUUAUAAAAAGCAAAAUAUUAUCAAAGAAAUAAAUAACAGAAUUGUUAAAAACAAGGAAUUAAAUGAGGAAAAUUUGGGUAGUUUGCUGUAUAUUUAUUUAAAUGUAUGGGGGGAUGAUUUGCAUUUUUAUGAACUAAAGAAAUUGGAAAUUAAUUAUUUGUCUGAAGAAAAAAAAAAUGGACUAAAUGACACAAGUGAGGAAAGUAACAAGUUAAAUUUUUUAUGUAAUUAUAAUUAUUCUGAUAAAGAGGAAAUUCUAAUUGAUAGCGAUAUAUAUAACAAAAUUAUAAAUAAAAAAAAAGAAAAGGGAGAUAAUAAAAGCAUUAUUUAUUAUAAAUUACUAAAUGAGCAUACAUUUUUUGAAAAUGAUUACAUUUCUUUUAAUUUAAAAGUAUAUAUUAAUAAUAGAAAAGAAAUUAAUAACUACAAUACUUUAAUUAGUACUUUAAAAUUGUAUAAUUCUAAUCUUAGUAAAAAUAUACAACGUUACUUAGACCAAUUAAAAGAAGAGAAUAAUAUGAGCUUUAUGUCAUUUAGCGAAUUUUUAAAAAAUUACUGCUUCAGUGAAAAAGAUGAAUUUUUUAAUAUGAACGAAAUUUUACAAAAGUGUAAAGUAGAAAACAAAUAUUUUAAUUUAUUUUCCAACUCAAAAGAUGAAGUGAGAAAAGGGGGAAGAAAUUUUAAAUUGUUUUAUUAUUCUUACCAUGGAACGUCAAAUGUUAGUAGGGGGAAAAGGGGUAAUGUUUUUUGGGGAUGUAAAAAAAGGGGCCUGUUUUUCGGAACAUAUCGAAAGAUGGUUUGUUUUUCCGCUUGCGCAGAGAUGAACAAAAGGGGAGAAAAGGAAGACAACAACGAGGUAAAAAACGAUAGUAAGGACAAAAGGACGGGCAGGCGUAGGAACAAACGCACGGACAAACGUACGGAAAAACGAAAGAAUGUAAAGGAUGCGAUUGAUGGUGUUGAUAUGGAGCAAGAGGUUGACGAGGCAUUCAGUGCACAAAUUGACGAAGAGUUGGAAAGUUUUGAAAAUAUUGAUAGUAUGAUGGACUUGAAGAUUGAAAAUAAUAGAGAAGAGACGAACAACAAGGAAAGUACACAGAAUGAUGGAGAUGGUGAUGGUGAUAGUGAUGGUAAUGGUAAUGGUAAUGAUUAUGAUAAGAACAUAUAUAAUGAAAAAAGUGUAAGCAGUAAGGAGGGUAAGAAAAAUAAAUUAAAGUUAGUUAAUGAGAAGAAUAAUGGCUAUUUGGAAAAGAUGUUAGAAAGGCAAAGAAGUGCGGUUGACUUUUUAAGUCUGGAAAGAAUUAACGAGAAUGUUAAAAAAUAUAUUAAUAUUGCAAAUUAUGAAGAAGUAUAUAAGCAGCUGAAGAAUGAAGCAGAAAAAAAAUCGAAACCGAAAAAGGUUACUAGUGAACAUGACAGCUCAAAUCAAUUAGACAUACAGGAAAAUAAUGUUGACGCUGAAGAGGAAAUUGAAAAACGUAUUAAACAAAUUUUAAAAAAUAAUAAUAAUGACGAUUUAAGAGCAAGGAGUAUAGAAGAUGAGAAUGAUGAAAAAAGAAAUGAUGAGGAUAAAGAAAAGUCAAAUAAGGAAAAAGAAAAAGAAAGAAUAUCCGAAUUUUUUAAAAGUAUGAAUGUUAAAGUUCAGUUGAGUAAGGACACUUGUAUUGGAUGUGGUAUAACAUUUCAGUCAAAUGACAAUAAGAAAUUUGGAUUUUUAAAAAAUCAUAUUUAUGAAAAAAUCAUAAAUAAAGAUGAUAAUUUAGAUGAAAAAAAAAUAUUAAGUGAUAUAUAUGAACAAAAUGAAAAUGAGAAUGAAAAAGAGAAGGAAGAAAAUUAUAGGUACAAAUUAAACGAAAUUUUUAGACUUAGAGAGGAAGGUAUUAACAAAAUUUUACAAGGCACGGAAAGUUUUUGUUACACGAAUAUGAGGAAUAAAAAUAAUGAUGGUAAUAAAACCGAAAAGUAUGAAUUAGAUAAGUACCAAAAAAAUGGUAUUCUAAUGAAAAGGAGCAAAGAGGAAGAAGAGGUAGAAGAUGAAGAGGGUAACAACAAAAAAGCUUACAUAUGUGAAAGGUGUUUUGAUUUAAAAUAUAAAAACAGGAUAAACAAUAAUUUAAUAAUUAAUUAUAUUAAUAAUAAUGAAAUUAGUGCACAAGAUUUUGAAAAGUAUGUUAUAAAUAUUUUUAAAAAAAGGUGUUCUAUUAUAUAUAUUGUGGAUAUACUAGAUUUAUAUGUAUACUCGAAUUUGAAAAAAUUAUUUAAUAUUUAUAUGAAAAUGAACAAAGAUAAAAAAAUGAUGGAAGGGUUUUACUUUUGUGUAAAUAAGAUAGAUUUGUUACCAGGGCACAAAGAAUUCACUGUUAAAAAUUAUGUCUAUAAUUUUCUGAAAAAUAAUAAAAUAAAUAUAUUAUUUAAAAACAUCUUUUUAGUAAGUUCAAAAACGGGAUACAAUGUGAAAAAACUAAUUUUUACUGCUUGUAUGAGAAGUUGGAUUGUUCCUAAAAAGAAGGACAAAAAGAGUAAGCAAGAAUCGUCAUUAAUGGAUAGAAAAAAGAUGGAUAGUAAUUACCCAGGUUCACUGAGAACAGAAGAGCAGAGCCACCCAACCGUUGGAAACAUUCUGAGGAACUCACGUCAGGAGGGGGAAGAAGUUGACGAUGGAGAAGCUAAGGGGGGAGAAACUAAUGAGGGAGAAGCUAAUGAGGGAGAAGCUAAUGAGGGAGAAGAUAACGAGGGAGAAGAUAAUGAGGGAAAAGGUGACGAGGGAGAGUUUUACUGGGGUGAAGCUGAGAAAGGAAAAGGUAACUCAGAAUAUGCCUUGGAAAAAUACAAAAAUAGAGAAAAAAAACAAAUUCAAAAAAAAAUUAAUAUUUACAUUGUUGGUAAUGCCAACAGCGGAAAGUCGUCAUUAAUAAAUUAUUUACUAAAGAAUAUAGAAAAAAAAGAUAACAAAAAUUUGUCAAUAAGUAAUAGUAUUAUCCCAGGAACUACUUUAAAAAAUAUUCAGAUAAAAUUAAAUAAAAAUAUAACUAUUAAUGAUACUCCCGGAAUAAUUUCGCAUAAUUCUCUUUUAUCUUACUUAAACUUUGACGAACUGAAACAUGUAGUGUGCACAAAAUUAAAAAAAAAAAUACCGUCCAUUUAUAUAAAUGAAAAUGAUUUCAUAUUUAUUGGUGGUAUUUUAUAUAUUCAAAUUUUAAGUAUAAAAAAGUUUUACUCCAUUAUGUCCUUUUUUAUGUCAGAAAAAAUUCCUAUCAUAAAAAGAAAAAAUUUUUCUAAAGAUGCAACUAAUUUUUUGAAAGAAAAAAUAAAAAAUGGUUUUCUUUAUCCCCCUUUUUCAGUUGAGCGUUUUGACCAAAUUAGUGAUUUUAAAAAAUGCUACUUCAGUAUAAAUAACCCUUGUGCAGAUAUAGAUAGUAGCAAUUAUGAUAUAUAUGUACAAGGUUUGGGCAGUAUUACAUUUUAUUCCUUUCAAAGCAUCGAAUUCAACUUGUAUACGCUGAAAAAUGUGGACGUUGUUUCGAGGCCAUCUUUGGUGCCAUAUCAUAAGAAGUAUGGAAUGUUAGAUUUUUCAAAAAACAAGUUAUAG